UCCGGGUCAGAGCGGGUUCCGUGAACUCAUCUGUGAGGCGUUCACUGACUGCUGUGUGGGACAGACGGAUGGCGCUGCAGUCUGGGGUCACGUACAUGCGCACUUUCCUUCCGGAGACUCUGCAGAGGUCGCUGUCCUCCGUCCACGCCUCCGUCCGUCACAUCCUGCCGUCCGCUCAGCCGCGAUGCUUUAAGGUGUGCACCCAGAGCCGCAGGAGGAGGCGGAGCCUGACGGCGUCAACCAGGGAUGAGCUGCUGGAGCAGGCGGUGAAGGCGUUCUCCCCGUCCUCUCGGGUUCUGACUCUGGUCCUGGAGGAAGACGGGACCGAGGUGGACUCUGAGGACUUCUUCCAGUCUCUGCCCGUCUCCACGGCCCUCAUGGUCCUGGAGAAGAGUCAGGACUGGACCCAGACCAAGGUCGUCCCGAGCUUCCGCCAGCCCAAGAGGAGCGGUGUGGCUAAACUGACCUUUGACCUCUACAAGAUGAACCCCAAAGACUUCCUGUGCUGCCUGAGCGUCAGGGCCUCGCUCUACGACAUGUACACGCUGUCCUACGAGCUCAGGUGUAACAGGAUGAAACACCUGCUCAGGUGUGUCCUGCGCUGUCUCACCUGUGUGACUCGUGUGUCCGCUCAGAUGCUUCUUUACGCCUCCUCGUCUUUGCUGCAGUUCACCGGAGACGACGAUGAUGGUGACGACACCUGAAGGCAUCACUGAGCCGCCUGCACAGAACAGUAACAGUGAAAGGAUCCCACGUCUGUGUGAGCUGUUUUAACGUUACGUACAGAUGUGAGUUUGGACUCAGUGGGUUUUAAUGCUAAAUGUGAAUAAAGCCUUAAACCUGCACAUCCUGGAGCUCAUUCAACCCAAAAAA